AUGCGCGGGGCUUUCCUUCUCACGUUGGCUCUGAUUUAUCUGUUAACUUUGACCAGCGAGGCCGACGAAGGGACUCAAGUCAAGCGGGCGCGAUGGCACCGACGCGCCGGUCUGGGACUCGCCCGGCCGGGCGCAACGGAGAGGAAGCGCCCCGUCCGACGUAACCAACCCGGGUACGGUUCAGCAGUCGCCGUGCUGGAGGUGGAGAAAGGCGUGCAGGCGGACGAGAGUCUCCCAGGAGUUCGGAGGUUCGGGCCGGGGAGAGGGGCGGCCGGACAGAUUGGUUCGCCCCGCCGCCUGCAGGGUGAGGGCGCCCCGGGAGCGAGAGCCCGGGUCACCCGGAUGCCCAGCGGCGCCGGGUCUCCGAACCUGCUGGCCAGCUUCGCGGGGAAGAACCGCGUCCUGGUGAUCUCGGCGCCGCAUGAUUCCGACGGUUACUACCGAAUGAUGAUGUCUCUUCUGAAAUCAGAUGUGUACUGCGAGCUCGCCGAGCGACACGUCCACCAGGUUGUCAUGUUCCAUCAGGAGGGCGAGAUGGGUGGCACGGUGAGGAGGAUCACCACCGAGGGGAAGGUGAUGGAGGAGCCGUUGGACACAGCCCUCAUCCCCAGACUCAUGAGCUUCCUCAAACUGGAGAAAGGUAAGUUCGGGAUGGUGCUGCUGAAGAAGACCCUGCAGGUGGAGGAGAGGUACCCGUACCCCGUGAGGCUGGAGGCCAUGUACGAGGUCAUCGACCAGUCGCCCAUGAGGAGGCUGGAGAAGCUCAGACAGAAGGGCUUCGUCCAGAAGUGCAGAGCAGCAGGUGUGGAGGGCCAGGUGGAGGAGGGCUCGCUCACAGAGACACCAAUAGAAAGAAAACCAGGGAAGAAGAUCCUGAGAAAGCCCACAACCACAGCUGCCACCACCACAACAACUACAACUGCCCGGCCAACCACCACAACAACCACCACCACUACAACCCGGCCCACCACUACGACCACCACAACCAGAGCAACAACAACAACAACCACCACCACCACCACCAAACCAACCACAACCAGAAGAACAACCACGAAACGACCCACAACCACCACCCAGAGACCCACCAGGGCCCAAACCACAGCCCCGUGGCUCCCAGUGCCCAGAACCACCGCUGAGCCGCACCUCUACGACCGCAGAGAGAAGGAGAGGUACCCGGCUAGAACCACGCCGGCUGGAGAGAACCGCGCCGACCAGGACAACAGAGAGCCACCGGGCCGCAGGCUGGUGCCGGACACGCGUAAACCCUCCAAGACCAAACCCACCAAGAGGAAGAACGGCGGAGAGAAGUUGUUGACAAAUGAGUACGAGGACAAGUACGAAGCGGGGACGCCAGCCGCCAGUGAUCCAGAGGAGACAGAAACCUUCACCGCCACUAGUCCCACCAAGAAGGCCAAGGGCAAGCACGAAAAACACGACAAGAAGAAGAAAAAGACUGACAAGGCUGCCAAGAAAGCAGAGAGGAGAGGAGGAAAGAUGGGAGGCAAGAAAAAUGGAAAGAAGCCGUCUAAGUACCCGGAGAAAGAGGACUACCCGAAGACUACCAAGAAGCCAACGCCUCCGCCAAAGGGAUCCCUGGCCUCCUUCCUGGACCACUUUGAAAACAGGAGGAGGCUGCUGCUGAUUACGUCCCCCGGCGAGGAGAACACCAUGUACGUCCAGCAGCGGGACGAGUACCUGGAGUCCGUGUGUGAAAUGGCCAUCAGGAAAGUCUCCAUCAUCACCAUCUUUGGCUCCCUGACCAACUCCACCAUGAAGAUUGACCACUACCAGCUGGAAAACGACAGGCCCAUGAAGGGUCUUCGUCAGGAGGACUUGGUGAACCAGGAUCUGAUCACAGAGCUGAGGAAAGAUUUCGGCAUGACCCAUGACGACUUUUACAUGGUCCUCUCCGACGCCGACAUGAGAGUCAAGCAAUCCUAUGAAGUUCCCAUCGCCAUGAAGGCUGUGCUCAACUACAUCGACACCUUCUCCUCCCGCAUCCGCGAGAUGGAGCAGCAGAAGAGAGACGGGAUUGUGUGCAAGAAGGAGGACAAGCCCAGAUCGCUGGAGAACUUCCUCUCCAGGUUCCGUUGGAGACGCCGACUGUUCAUCAUCUCCGCCCCCAACGACGAGGAGUGGGCCUAUCAGCAGCAGCUCUACGCCCUGACCAGCCAGGCCUGCAACCUCGGUGAGUCACCCCGACCCGACCCGUCCCCCGCAGAACCAACCGAGGCCGCUCAAUGAUCCCAACGCGUAGAGGCAGCAAUUAAAACGACGACUUGGAACUCGCCCUUUAAAGCUCGUAUUUUGUCAUCGCGGCGCCAGGUGAUGCUGUUAAGUGCACAUCCGUGGUUCUGUUGGGCCCCUGCAGUGAUGUUUUCUGUCUCUUCUGUGUUUGAGGCGCUGCGCUCGCGCUGACUUCCCUUUCUGGACCAGGAGCAAAGAAAUACACAUGCAUGAAGUGACCUUUGAUUGAUCUUUGGGUUUGGUUCAACACACAUUAACCCGUCUUAGUCUUAGUGAGACCACUUAUGAACAUUAGUCACAUGAAGAAGUUGAUUACAUGGGACCUUUGUGUUUACGGCAAGCCUGCAGCCAUCAUCAGCACCUGUGAGAGUGUCUGUGCACGUGGACGGAGGGACGCAUGAGGACACGGCGGCUCUGUUUGUUCCCCCCCACCUGACAACGGCCUUUUCAGACGGUCAAAUGUUCCACAGAUACUUAAAUCAGUCAGUGCUGUAUAUUUGAAAAAGAGAUAUUUAUCUAAACUUUGCAAAUCUCAACAGCAUGAUGCGUGACAGAUUUACAGAAGAUUAGUGUAAACUUGAAAGGGUCCAGCGUGUACUCCACCUCUCCGUGAGACCCAAUAAACGCAGUCGUCUGGAGACUCGUCUCUCUUACUUCUUCCCCCUGCACCUUGUCAGCAACUUGGAUAUAAGCCUUUGAUUGGUGUCAAUCUGCCAAUUGAUACUUUUGAUGAUAGUUCGGGAAGACAAACACAGUUGCCGUCACCUCAAACUAACAAUCGGUAUGUUUUCUCGGGGUCUCAGCGAGAGCUUUUCUUCUCGAUAUCUGCAGGAAAGCGGCGCUCUUUGUGGCGUCACUGUUUUUAUCCCCAUGUGGGAGACGCAGGUGAAGCUUGUCUUGCUUAUCAGCAGACCCAGACCGUCAGUCUGUGAGGAUUUUCUUCUCCCAUCGUGUGUUGCUCUUGGCUCCCCGCCCCGCCCCGCCCCGCCCGGACAAAGGCCCGUCCUGCUGACUGGGCUGGAGGCCCGGGAGGUUUGAUCCUGGCUCUCACCGAGUGAAGCCUGUGUUCUCCCGUGUUUAAUGCGGGCUCUCUCGCUUCAGAGGAACCAGCGUUUUGGCAGGACUCUCCGGACCACCACGUCCUCCCCCCUUUACCUGCAGCCCACCGCUUGGAUUCACAAUAACAACAAACCGCGGGCCAAUCGUCCCGGUAUAAGCCGGAGGACCGGUGGACGCAAAGGCGUUGGUCUGCACUGAACUUUCACCGUCUCUGUGUGUUUGUCCAUGCUGUCGUUGUUGCCUUGGCG